GCGUGUUACACGGUACGCAUGAGGACAUGCGUGUGCAUCAUAGAAAACGUACACAUAAAUCAUGGACGUGUUACAUCAGUGACGCGACGUAAAGGUUAGGCGAGCCGUCAGCGAGGAGGAACGUGGCGUGCGAGUCGUGGCGCGCCGUACGCCGAGAAAGGAAGGGAGAAGGGAAAAAGGUGUUCCGUCGGCAAAAGGAGAAGGCGUCCCCCACACGUUCUGCGCGCUUUGAACCAUCUUGAACCGUCUCUCAGACGUCGGCCCUCGACCGUCGAUUCCACUCGUCGCGUCCGUUGUGCGACAAUCGAGCAAGACAGCGCGGUGGCGGCAGCGGCAGUGGGGAGGGAGGACCAACCGGCCCCUUCCCUCGCUCCUCCUUUCCACGAGGGGGAAUUACCAAAAUGGUGGCGCGGCACAACGCGGGUGAUGUGUAGGCAGAUAUCGGCUCGCAUCGUGUUCGUUUCAGGGAGGUGUGAGGUACGCGAGCGUAACUACGCGAGGCCGACGGCAACAUGGGCGACCCGAAGAGCCAGCACGGCGCGCAGGAGAUGAAAGGCUGGCUUUUCAAAUGGACAAACUACCUGAAAGGUUACCAACGGAGAUGGUUCGUCCUGUCAAACGGCCUGCUGUCGUACUACAGGGCGGAACCAACAGGGGGGCCAAAGAUAUCAUCGCGACGCAAGCGGAGGGCUGGCAGAGCCUCCGAAAACCCCGCGGAGAUGUCCCACACCUGCCGCGGCACGAUUUCCUUACACGGGGCCUUAAUACACACGGUGGACGCCUGCACCUUCGUCGUGAGCAACGGCGGCACGCAGACCUUCCACAUCAAGGCGUCGACCGAGGUGGAGCGGCAGCAGUGGGUCACAGCCCUCGAGUUGGCGAAAGCCAAGGCUAUCCAAGCGAUGGAAUCUGAAGAGGAGGAGGAGGAGUAUCAAGACAACGACAAUCAAAACGUGGAAACCGCGUCUGUGAUCAAGGAUCUGACGAGACGACUGGACGAUCUGCAGGCAUGUAAUGACUUGAUAUUCAAGCAGGGAACUGCGCUUCAACGAGCUUUGGCUGAUUUGGAAAUGUUAGAGCCUCUGUCCUCCGAGCUGACGGCGAAAUUCAAGACCGUCAACGAACGAGCCACGCUUUUCCGGAUCGCGGCGAAUGCUAUGAUCAGCACGAGCAACGAUUACUUGCAAUUAGCCCAGCAACAAGAGCCUAAGUGGAAGAAGAUGCUACAGCACGAGCGUGAUCAGAAGGUGCGGAUAGAGAAGAUGGUCGAACAGUUGGCCAGGCAACAUUCCCACCUUGAGGAAGCCGCGCAACAUGCGAUUCCUUCGGCGACACUUGGGGGAGGACACAGAUCUUCACAUCCCGCAGUUACAACGUCCCCGUCGGAGGAUGAGGAGGAUAACGCCGAAUUUUAUGACGCCCAGGAAUCGGACACUUUCACACUGACCAUACCCAUCGCCACGAGCAAUUCGAUUUCCCACACGAGAGACCGUAACGAUUCCCAGGGUAGCGACGAUGGCUCCAGUUCAGAGGGAGAUCCGACGCCUCUGCCUGUCUCUGAUUCCACGGGUGCCGAGUCGUUUCUUAUUGUGACCGAUUCUACAGCGGCGCAGACUUCCUCACCCGUCACGAUCAUAGACGACCUGGACAAUACAACUUGGCGAUCCAACAAUGGCAGCAGCAGCACCGGGAUGACUACCAAACGGAAGCGAAGGACUAGGGUACCUGAUAAACCAAAUUAUCCCUUGAACCUAUGGAGUAUCAUGAAAAAUUGCAUUGGCAAGGACCUGUCGAAAAUUCCCAUGCCGGUCAAUUUCUCGGAACCGCUUAGCAUGCUUCAACGGCUGACGGAAGACUACGAAUAUGCUGAUAUUCUUGAUAGGGCUGCAGAAUGUUCGGAUAGUUACGAGCAGAUGGCAUUUGUAGCCGCGUUUACUGUGUCCAGUUAUGCUACAACCUCUGCUAGAACGGGAAAGCCUUUCAAUCCUCUUUUAGGUGAAACUUAUGAAUGUGAUCGCACGGACGAUCUGGGAUGGCGCGCGAUUUCAGAGCAAGUAUCUCACCAUCCGCCUAUGCUAGCUCAACAUUGUGAGGGAAAGAAAUGGCGGUGUUGGCAAGAGUUUACAAUGGCAUCUAAAUUUCGCGGAAAAUAUCUACAGGUAAUUCCUUUGGGCACUGCUCAUCUAGAAUUCAACAGUGGUCAGCAACAUUAUACAUGGCGUAAAGUUACUACUACAGUACAUAAUAUUAUAGUCGGCAAGUUGUGGGUCGAUCAGAGUGGUGACAUGGAUAUCGUAAAUCAUAAAGAGGGUAUCAAGUGCCAUUUGAAGUAUAUACCUUAUUCGUAUUUCUCGCGAGACAGCCAGCGGAAGGUAAAGGGUGUAGUCAUGAAUUCCAACAAAGAGGUCAAGUGGGUAGUACAGGGUACAUGGGAUUCGAAGAUAGAAAUUGCGCCAGUGAUCAGCACAUCUGGCACACCCGAUAACCCAGUGUACAAGACGGGCCCUUACAUAUUAGCUUGGAAACGACGUAUGCCUCCUGAAGACUGUGAGAAAUAUUAUUCAUUCACGGAAUUAGCGUGUCAGUUGAAUGAACCAGAGGAGGGUGUAGCUCCAACGGAUUCUCGAUUGAGACCUGAUCAGCGGUUAAUGGAAGAUGGACGAUGGGAUGAAGCUAACGCAGAAAAAUUGCGUUUAGAGGAAAAGCAAAGAGCUGCUAGGCGGGCACGUGAACAUGAGGCCGAAAAGGCCGCCGCGCAAGGGUUACCUUUCGAGGCGUACGAACCAUUGUGGUUUAAGAAGAAGCAGGAUCCAUACACGGAUAGCCGUUGUUACAUUUAUAAUGGCGAAUAUUGGGAUUAUAAAAGCAGAGGUGAUUGGUCGCGAUGUCCAAACAUAUUUUAGUUUGUUAUAUAGAUAGAUUCGAUUACGAUGUGACACUUUCGUCACAUACACAUGCAGUGCGCGAAGAAGUUUUGAAUCGUUUAAAAAUGACGGCAGCCGCGAGACUAGAAGCUCCGACCGUUCGUGGUCGAGAUUUAAAUGCUUAUGAAAUAACGUUGACGUGAUAAUGGGGUUGUUACGGGAUAUAGUUUAGUAAUUAAUUCUUCCAGAGGUGGAUGAAACUUGUUGGCAAUUCUGAUAUGUACAUGAUAUGCAGUUUGUACAGUCAUCGCCUUUGCUAUUCUUUAACUCUUCUACCUCUCUUCCUUUUUUUUCGUCCUUUUUUGCAGUAUAUCCCUAUAUAUCUUUCUUUUUGUCUCUUUUUUCGAGUAAUGAAAUUAAUAUUUAAUCUAACGUUUGAUUAACAAACGUUUGCGUGUGCUAUUUUUUUUAAGAUUUUGCGCUGAAUUAACGAUAGCCAAUCUUAAAAUUUAAGUGCGUUUCAUUAUAUUAGCUAUAUGUGUAUGAAUUUGUAAAAAAAAUCGAUGCUCAGAUAAGUCGAAUGAAUUCCGAAUAUUUUAUUACUUUAGCCUAAAACUGAGAUAGCAAUAAGAUCAUUAGAAAAGAAAAAGAAGCUACUAUCAUUAUGGAGGGACGGAUUUCAAUGAAGCUCAAUAUUCCAUUUUAUCCAGUAUUCGCCAUUUAUUUUUAGACAAAUUUUCUAGACUAAUCCGAAUUUGAGCUUUACCGAAGUUAAUUAUGCUAUUACAUACAUGAAAAUUUUAUGUAUUUCAUUAUUUUUAAUCCAUUAUUGAAAAUAUUUGUAUAAACGUUGAGAGAUGUGCAAUGAGGCAUAAAAUUGAGCUGUAAAACAACACGAAUAUGAAACAAAAUGCGUUUUUUUUUGUAUUACUCUUAAUUUACUUUUAUUCGCGACUUGUUUUUAGAAAUGAAUAAAUAUCUCGAUAUUUAAAGGAACUAAUAAUGUUUUCGGUUCGCUGCACUACACCGAGCCAAUGCACACUAAAAACCGCUACACAUGAAAUAUAAUAGCAUAAUAUUAUUUCUUUGAAAUUAUUAAUUCAAAUUCAUGAAAUUAUUUAUUCAGCUAAAUAAUAUGGCAAAUUUAUUGUUAACUUACUUGAUUUAUAUAAUAUAAACAUUUUGGAGUGUUUAUGUAUUUUUACAUUUUAAUUUCAUGUAUAUCACCAUUCAGUAUGCACCAAUCCGGUAUAAUGCGGCGAGCACCGAAAAUGCUAUAACUGAAUUUUUUUGAUACGUUGCUGCGUUUGUAAUUCUUUUAUUAUUUUGUCAUAAUUUUUCCCUCAUUGCGCAUUUUCCAUUCGACCCAGUAUUGCAAUACCUGAAA